AUGAGGUGUAAGAAACAUAUUUCUGAUUUCUCUAGCACCGUCGGCGUCUGCUCCACCUGUCUUAGAGAAAGACUCAUAAUCUUAAUCCAAGCCCAAACCCAACUAACAAGACUCACCUCACGCGCUUCCGAUGAAUGUUCUAGAAACUCCGAAACAACCAAUCAUCUUCCACCACCGUUAAUAUUUCCACGCUCUGUUUCACCUUACGUCUCUCGCCGUAAAUCUGAUUACCCCACCGUUGGAGAUCGUCGUGAAAGACUGUUUUACAGCACUCCGCAGUUAGGUCCGACGUUUUACGCAGGGGAUUGUAACGUGAAUUCCAACUCCAGGUCGUUGAAGAAGCGUUUGAGCAAGUUUUGGAAAUUCUCGAAUCUGUUUAGGACUAGAUCGGAGAAAUUUCAAUCUGAUCCAUCCUGUGAAGCGUCUUCUUCGGAUUCAUCUUCGUGGUUUUCUUCGAUUUUACCUGCGAGAAAGAAGAAUCGCGAUCGGAAUGUUAUGGCAGAGGAUUUUACCGUCGGAGCACGGCGGAGGCAUCGUCACCGUCAAUCUGAUCGUGGAAUGUCUCCGGUGAGAACAGAGGAGUUUGUUGAUGAAUGCGAUCAGUGUCCGUCUGGGAGUGGUUACUCGUCGGAGUCCUCUCCGUGGUGGCGGAGAACGCCGUCGGUAAAUGUUCCAUCGGCGCGGCGUUCGAGGUUUGGACACGGGAAGAGCGCGUCAGGUUCGGGUAUUUUUUGCAUGAGUCCUUUGGUUCGGGCGAGUCCGAACCGGAGAUGGAACCACAAGGGACUACCACCCGAGAUGACUGUGGCGGCGGACGUUAGAGCUGCAGCGGUGAAGCCACAUCUCUCUGCAGCGGCGUCGUUUUGUGCGAACCGUUCAAGGAAGCUUGCAGAUUUUGGAAGAGUCAACGAUAACCGUUGA